CCAGUCUGACCUGCAAUGGGAUCUCGCUCUAACGCAUAUUAAAUCAGUACUCGUGCCAUCUCCGUCCAGACAGCACAGCAGGCUUCCAACCAACGUUUCAGAGUGAAAGGAAGUUAUAACAUAGAAAAGAUAUAUUUAAUUUAAUUGGUGUACUUCUUUGAUUCAAUCAUGGAUGACGUCAUGGGAGCAAAGACUAUUGCCUUAUUUGGCUUACUGGCUGAAGUAUUGAUAUUUGGAUUUAUCCCCCUUGUGUGUGUAAAUGCCGUGAGAACGCAAGACAGAUUCAGUACCACGAAACGCAUCAUCAGUUGGUUGAGUUGUUUUGCGGGAGGUGUCUUCUUAGCUACAAGUUUGAUCCACAUGCUUCCUGAAGUACGAGAGACACUUGCAGGUGCUUUAGAAGGAUUGGAUGUGCAUACACACUUUCCCCUUGCAGAGUUUUUAACAGGAAUAGGCUUUUUUAUAAUUCUAAUCACUGAACAUUUUGCGUUGAUGUGCCAUGAUUCACAGGCGGCAACCCCUACGACUGACCGUGUUGAACAAAAAUACACUGAAGAGACACCGCUCAUGGACAACAAAAAUGAUGAUGAGAUAACUGUAAUUCCCGAUAGAAAUAUCGCACGAGAGAGAUCCACAUCCAUUUCUGAGGCACAUCAACAUAUACCUGAAAGUGGAUCUGCAUUGCGUUCAGUUCUCUUUCUCCUAGCUCUGUCUCUCCACUCAAUCUUUGAAGGCAUGGCAGUGGGUCUGCAAAGUGACGUCUCCAGCACACUAGAACUAUUCAUAGCUAUUGCACUCCACAAAGGAGUUGUCGCUUUCAGUUUUUCCUUGAAUCUUAUACAAAGCAAGUUGAGUAAGGUUGCCAUGGUGAUGUCAAUUAUUACAUUCGCUGUAAUGUCUCCCAUUGGGGUAGCUAUCGGUAUGGCUGCCUCGGCUGCUGCCACUACAGGUCCAGAGGCCUUGUUUGCUAACGGCUUUCUGCAAGGUCUAGCGACAGGAACUUUUCUCUACAUAACAUUUUUUGAGAUUCUUCCACAUGAAUUGAACGAGCGUCGCGAUGGGAUGAUUAAAGUAUUGUGGAUUCUACUGGGCUAUGCAGUGAUGACAAUUAUUAACUUGUCAGUGCCUCAUGAGCAUUAAAAAGAAUUAUUAAGCAGACAGUUUCUCAUAAAAUCUGCAUGAAUAUUGCUGAUUUGAUGUUCCAUCCUUUAUUGGGAUGACAGUAGAGCUAAUAGAUACUGAAUUUUCCAUAAUUUACCAGAAAUUUUCAGCUAUGACGUAUCUACACAGAGUGCAAUGUUGUCAUGUAUGCUACUUAGUUUCUAUUGAUCAGAGAUAGUAUAGCCUAGAAACAUGAAUGUAGUUUGUGUUCUCUGAGAACAAAACAGGCUGCUAGUCAGUGACAAUGAGAAAAAAAAGGGGUUAGAAGAGACAAAAAUAAAGUCCUAUAAAUGUCAGUAGGCAAUUUUGUUUCAAAUGAAACCGUUACAAAAAUGUGUUUGAUUGUGAAAUAUAGUACCGGUAGUAGUUUUUAGGAAGUAAAGUUCACACUAUUUUUAUAGAAGAAUUGUUUUAAAUCGUAUAUUUUAUGAAAGCUUACAAUUCCUACUAAUAAAGAAAAUCAAUGUUAUUACAUAAGAUGCAA